CCCACACAAACACGGCCAUUCCGGAAACCUGCUAAACUUUAACUCCUGCUUUCAUGGCACAUUUUUUGCCUGAAUGACAGCCUGAUGCUCAUUGAUGGAUUGACGGCGUGUUGACUGGAAUCGAGACGCGGCUAAUCAGUAGCGAUGGCGUUAUGGAUCCAGGCCCAGCAAUUACAGGGCGACGCUCUCCAUCAGAUGCAGGCGCUCUACGGCCAGCACUUCCCCAUAGAAGUGCGCCACUACCUCGCCCAGUGGAUUGAGACACAGCCUUGGGAUGCCAUCGAUUUGGAGAAGCAGCAGGAGGAGUUUAAGGCGAAGCGUCUUUUGGAAAGUCUGAUCCAGGAGCUGCAGAGGAGGGCGGAGCAUCAGAUGGGCGAGGACGGCUUCCUGCUCAAGAUCAAACUGGGACAUUACGCCACACAGCUGAAGAGCACGUACGAGGCGUGUCCGAUAGAGCUGGUGCGAUGCAUCAAACACAUCCUCUACACGGAGCAGAGACUCGUACAGGAUGCUUCUAACGUGAGCUCUCCAGGGGGCGGAGCUACAGAUGCCACGCCUCAGAAAUACCAGCAGAUCAACCAGAUGUUUGAGGAGCUGCGCGCCUUGACGCAGGAGACGGAGAGCGACCUGCGCAAACUCCAGCACAGUCAGGAGUACUUCAUCAUCCAGUACCAGGAGAGCCUGAGGAUCCAGGCUCAGUUGAGCAGUUUGUCGAGUUUGGCGCCGGCCGAGCGCGUGCAGAGAGAGACGAGUCUGCAGAGCAGGAAAGCUACAUUAGAGACGUGGAUAACUCGAGAGGCUAACACACUGCAGAAAUACAGACAGGACCUGGCAGAGAAGCACCAAAGGACUCUGGCGUUGUUGAGGAAACAGCAGACGGUGAUUGUGGACGAUGAACUGAUCCAGUGGAAGAGACGACAACAGUUAGCUGGAAACGGGGGACCAUCGGAAGGAAGUCUGGAUGUCCUGCAGUCUUGGUGUGAGAAGUUGGCUGAUAUGGUGUGGCAGAACAGACAGCAGCUCAGGCGUGUCGAUCACCUGACGCAGCAGCUCCCCAUCCCCGGGCCGACGGAGGAGCUGCUCAAAGAGCUCAACGCUACCAUCACUGACAUCAUCUCAGCGCUCGUCACCAGCACGUUCAUCAUCGAGAGACAGCCUCCUCAGGUGUUAAAGACACAGACCAAGUUUGCCACCACCGUACGCCUGCUGGUCGGGGGGAAACUCAACGUCCACAUGAACCCCCCGCAGGUUAAAGCCACCAUCAUCAACGAGCAGCAGGCCAAAGCUCUGCUGAAGAACGAGAGCACCAGGAAUGACAGUAGUGGAGAAAUCCUGAACAACAACUGUGUGAUGGAGUAUCACCAAACCACUGGGACUCUGAGUGCACACUUCAGGAACAUGUCUCUGAAGCGGAUCAAACGCUCAGACAGACGCGGCGCCGAGUCGGUGACGGAGGAGAAGUUCACCGUCCUGUUCGAGUCUCAGUUUAGCGUAGGAGGAAACGAGCUCAUGUUCCAUGUCAAGACGUUAUCGCUGCCCGUCGUGGUCAUCGUGCACGGUAGUCAAGACAACAACGCCACGGCAACUGUGCUCUGGGACAACGCCUUCUCCGAGCCGGGCCGGGUCCCCUUUGUCGUCCCCGAUAAGGUGUCAUGGCCGCAGCUGUGCGAAGCUCUGAACAUGAAAUAUAAAUCGGAGGUGCAGAGCGAGCGGGGAUUAUCGGAGGAGAACCUGGUGUUCCUCGCUCAGAAAGCCUUCAGCAGCUCAAGCAACAACCCUGAGGAUUACCGGAGCAUGACCAUGACCUGGUCUCAGUUCAACCGGGAGAGUUUACCAGGAAGGAACUUCACCUUCUGGCAGUGGUUCGAUGGAGUCAUAGAGCUGAUGAAGAAACACCUGAAAGCUCACUGGAACGACGGGGCGAUCCUGGGUUUCCUGAAUAAACAGCAGGCUCAGGACAUGCUGCUGUCCAAACCGAACGGGACGUUCCUGCUGCGCUUCAGCGACUCGGAGAUUGGAGGGAUCACCAUCGCCUGGGUGGCGGAGAACCCCAACAAAGCAGGAGAAAGGAUGGUCUGGAACCUGAUGCCCUUCACCACAAAAGAUUUCUCCAUCCGCUCUCUAGCCGACCGAAUCAGUGACCUGAACCACCUGCUGUUCCUUUACCCCAGCCAGCCCAAAGACGAGGUCUUCUCCCGCUACUGCACGCCGCCCAACUCUAAAGCGGUGGGAGACGGUUACGUCAAGCCAGAGAUCAAGCAGGUGGUCAAAGUAGAGUUUGCAUCGUCCAAUCCUGAGCAGUCUCCUGGAAACCCCACCUUCAUGGACUCCUCCCCCACCAUCACUCAGCCUGGCAGCUUCACCAUCUACCCCACCAUUGGCGAUCCGAUGCUGGACGAGAGCGGAGAUUUCGAUCUGGACGAAACGAUGGACAUGGCCAGACAGGUGGAGGAAUUCCUAAGUCAGCCUUCGGAGGCACAGUGGAGCGGACAGCAGUCAUGACCUUUGAACUACCCAUAGUGACCCCAACCCUCCACCCCUCUCCCCACCCCCUGCGCCUCGGGUCGCAUUCCAUUUGCCUGUUUUUUUUUUUUUCGUUUUUUUUUUGAAUGGGUUAAAUUUUAAACAAAUGUGAAAGUUUUUUUUUUUAACCGUUCACUAGCGACUUGUUUCUGUGUCGCUGCUUCUGUGCGUGAUGACUAUGCUCGCGUAGCGUAUCUGUUUUGCUAGCCGAUUAACCGUGAUUAAAUGGGAGAAAGGAUAUAUAUGAAUAUAUAAUAUGAAUGAAAUACUUUACAGCACAUAUGAAAUACUGUAAAGGAUGUUGUAUGUAGGUAACGAAGAAUUAAGCAGCCUUUAAAGCUAACGCUAAUGCUACUGCUAAACAUUUUUGGGCCCAAUCUACAGCAGGUGUUAAGUUGUUGAACGCUAAUAGACAGUUGUGCUUAGAAAUGUUUAUUAGAUAAAAAAUUAAAAAAACAAUGUUUAAAGAUCAGGUGAGAAAAAUGUAAAAGCGUUGGGAUUGGUACGAAAGCGCUAGUGUGUGAUUUUUCUAAUAAAAAACGCAUUUGUUCAUUGAAAAGCUAAAAUUAGCUAGUGAGAGAAAAACUGUGAGCAGUGAGUGGAAUUCCAGGAAACGGAGAGUCGGAAAUCUGGUGUUUGUUUAUUUAAAAACACCAAAUAUAAAAAAAAAAACGGCCAGAAAAAGACCCGGAUCAUAGCUCCGCCUUCUUGUUAGAUCGGUAUCUAACAAU